AUGGAGCAUUUGAGGAGUAUCUCCAUGGAUCUGACACUGAGCAUCUCUGGGGCAGCUUCCAUGGACAGCAUGAGCGACGACAAGAUCGCAAUCAUCGUCCCGCAUUCGUCUCCUAUCCUCUCGAACGAGGCUUCCCAUCCAGCUCCGAGUUCGGAGAAGAGGGCGGCGCCUGCUCUCGUCGCCAAGAAGGUGGCGGCGGAGUUCCUGGGGACCUUCCUGCUCAUCUUCAUCCUGCUCUCGACGCUCAUCGUGGACGAGGCGCACGGCGGCGCGCUGGGCCCGCUCGGCGUCGCCGCGGCGGCGGGGUCCGCCGUGGCGGUGGUCGUGGCGUCGCUGGCCCACGUCUCCGGCGCCCACCUGAACCCGGCGGUCAGCGCCGCCAUGGCCGCGUUCGGCUACCUCCCCAGGGCCCAGCUCGCGCCGUACGUCGCCGCCCAGCUCCUCGGCUCCACGGUCGCCUCGUUCGCGGCCAAGGCGGUUUACAACGAUCCGGCGGACCUCGGAGCUACCGUCGCUACCGUGCCGGCGCUCGGCACCGCGGGGGCGCUCGUCGUGGAGUUCGUCACCACGUUCGUCCUCCUCUUCGUCAUCACCGCCCUCGCCACCGAUCCAAAAGCAGUGAAGGAGCUGGUUGCAGUGGGAACUGGGGCGGCAGUGAUGAUGAACGCGCUCAUCUCCGCGGAGUCGACGGGAGCGUCGAUGAACCCGGCGAGGACGCUAGGGCCGGCUAUCGCCUCCGGGACGUACACCAAGAUCUGGAUUUACAUGGUCGCUCCUCCCCUCGGCGCCAUAGCCGGAACUGGAGCCUACGUUGCGCUCAAGUGA